AUGAUAAACACAACAACACCAACCACAUCACCAUCGUUACAACAGCAACAGCAAUCGGAGGAAGAAAUGAUUCAAUCUCUAGAGCAGGAAACCAUGAUGAAGGAGUUGAAACAUCUUCUCUACAAUAUAGUACCACAACAAUGGAGUAAAAUUAUUGCGGAAAUUCAAUUAGCAAUUAAUCAUUUGGAUGGUGAAGUGAUGACCUCUCAUCCAAUUGGAUUGAACGAUACGAUUAAUAAUCUCCAUACACAAGGAGGAGCCUCUUCAACAUCCGUCACUCCAAAUACUAAUGAUACUCCUCAACAACGACCAAUUACACCAAAUACAAAUUCAGAGAGAGCCAUUACACCAAAUACUUCAGGAUCGGAACAGCCUCCUGCUUCAUCGUCCCACGAAGGUGAACCACGUACCCCUAUUACUCCUGCUGCACAUUCCCGAUUCAAUGCCAGUUUCAGUAAAAAGGGUACCAAUGCUGAGAGAAUCCAGCUCCACAUAGUUGAUCAAAAUCAUUCGAUUCUAAAAGGAUAUCUUUUGGUAGAGGGAUAUCGUAUUCUGGGAGGAAAAGUUAACUUCAAGUUACACAAGAUGAAGAACAGUUUUGAAGCAGAGAUUAAACCAAACGACCCAUAUACUUUGAGUCAAGUUCAAAGAGCUCAUCACAUGGCUGAUUAUGCUCUUAAUAAGAUGAAGAAUAUUGACAUUGAGAAAUAUUCGGAAAACUCGAAUAUCAUUCUGGAAGGUGAUGAAGACAACGAAGUAGAUAUGAACAAUAAUAGUUAUUUUUCUAAAACAUCAAAAAUUGAAAGGGAUGUGACUACAAUAUUAUCCAUUUUAGAGCGUGUGAUGAUACUUGUUCAACAAGGAAGAGAGCAAUUAACAAUGUAUGGUGGUUUGAGAUUUUUAACAGAUGAGUACAGACUUUCUAGCUCGAUCUCGGAAAAGACUAAUAUCGAGCUUAUUCAACAAGCUUUUCAUCCUCGUUUACCGAAAGAAGCCCUUGUGGAGUUUUCUAUCAACAAUGCACAAUUGCAUGUUGGUGUUUAUGGUAUUAGUUACACCUCGAUUGCUACCUCUUCCGCUUCUCAACUCAAAAAUACAAACAUGAGCUCGGAAUCUCGACAUAGGCAUUUCAUAACAGAGGAUAACGAAAUUGGGUUUUUCAGUGAAGAGUAUGUCUCCAAAAUUAAGGUUUCCAGUUUUUCUGCCGGCUUAGAUCAUUUAACCAAUGCCUUUAAAAUGUGUUCUCGCCUUCGUAACUUAUUGACCACUCAUGGAGUGUAA